AUGAAGGACAUUAUGAAACGAGCUGGUAUGGUUGACUACAAGCUCGUGGGCACGCCGAUUUCUUCCGCCAAGCUCACGGACGAGGCUCCCGUUCCCUAUGCCGAUCCUAUGCAGUAUCGCAGUCUUGCUGGUGCCCUUCAGUAUCUUACGCACAUGCAUGCACCAACUACUGCAGAUUGGGCUGCUCUCAAGAGGGUUUUUAGGUAUGUCAAUGGAACUUUGCAUAUUGGUCUUUGCAUAUCUCGUUCUAAUUCUCUUGAUAUUCAUGCUUACUUGGAUUCGGAUUGGGCUGGUAAUCCGGAUGAUCGGAAGUCGAUCCGACCAGUGAUUUUGCUGUGUGUUUGGGUGGCAAUCUGGUUUCUUGGGUAUGCCGGAAGCAGCGGACUGUAG